CCCCCCCACCGCCGAGUGACCUUCUCCACGGCCAAUCAGGCGCAGGACCUGCAGGACGCGUCCCAGCACAGCUACUACGACAGCGGCCUGGAGGAGUCGGAGACGCCCAGCUCCAAGUCGUCGUCGGGGCCCCGGAUCGGGCCCCUGGCGCUGCCGGAGGACCACUACGAGCGGACCACGCCCGACGGCAGCAUCGGCGAGAUGGAGCACCCGGAGAACGACCUCAGGCCCCUCCCCGACGUGGCGAUGACCGGUAACUGCACCCACGAGUGCACCGAGUUCGGCCACUCCGACUCCUGCUGGAUGCCCGGCGAGCCCUCCCCCACCCGCAAGGUGUGCAAGAACGCCCCCAAGCUCUCCACCUUCGUGCCUUACCAGGAGAUGGACGGCCAGGAGCAGCUGAUGGCCAACGGCAGCCCCAAGCCCACGACGGAGGAGCCCGGGACGGGCGGUGGUGGUUGUGGUGGUGGUGGGGGUGGUGCCAAAGUGACCAACAUGCGGUUCAUGACGCCCUACAACAGUGCCUACCCGAGGGGCGGAGACUCGUCCGGUAAAGACUGUGGUCUGGAGGAGAUCCCACUGAGCCAGGCGGUGGAGUACCACUCGGCCAACACUCCGACCGGCCAGACCUCCAAGAGGGAGAUCUACCUGUGAAGGAGCAGCUCCUCCACCUUGAAUCUCCACCUCCCCCACCACGCCCCCUCAUCCUCCCCUCCGUCGCUGCUUGCCUCCACCCGUCCUGCCCCUUCACUGCCGCCCCCUGUGCCUAAUGCUCGCUGUGCCGUACCACCGACUCCCCUUCUUCCUUUUUAUAACUGCAUCCAACCUACAAGGCUUUAGACCCUCGCCCACCACCACCACCACCACCGCCACCACCGCCACCUCCACCUCCACCCUCCUCUAGAAACCAAUCAAAUGUAAAAUAGAAUUAAUUAAAAUCAAUUGAAGAAAACACGCGGCUCCAGCUGCUGCUGCUGCUGCGGAAGGAAUGUAAACUACACCACAUUGUUGUGAUAAUUUAAUGGGAAACUAUUUAGCUACUCACGUAUUUGAGUUGGAUUUCGUGUGCGUUGCUUUAGGCUGUUUUUGCUGUGUGUUCGGAGUAGAAAAAGAAAAAACUAACUUCGGUGGGAGAAGGGGGGGGGGGGGGGGGGAGAAGUAUUUGUAAAUCCUACUUACGUGUACCGUGUGACGCUAUCUAUCCUGAUUUUUUUUUUUUUUUUAAAUUGGGAUUCGUUUGAUUUUUCAUUUCAAUUUGGCUCUGUCGACUCCGGGAAAAAAGAAAAAAGAAAACACAUUUUUCUGCCAAGUUGCAUCAAAUCAACCGGGCUCGUUUUUGAUCAGGAACUUCAACUUCAACCUCCGUGGUUGUUGUUUUUUCUUGCCGUGACGACGUCUUUCGUCGGUGUACAGAGCUGUAAAUACUACAAACAGUGACGGGGGACGCCGCAGAUCUUCACUGGACCGGAAACGUCCGCAUGUACAGAGCAACACGGGGACCUGGACUCUGGAGCAUCACCGACGGUGCCGAGCUACAAACACAAGACUCCUUUUGUUGUUUUCUCUCUCUCUUCUUCAACUUUACGACGCUUCAAUUUGGGGUUUGCGAGGGGACAAAGUCAUUCGAGCUGCACCGACACCGCAGUUCCUCAGCGAAUCGGAGUCAGCGAAAAUGACUCAGUGAAUCUGAGUCGGUGAAUCUGAGUCGGUGAAUUUGAGUCAGUGAAAAUGAGUUGGUGAAUUUGAGUCAGUGAAAAUGAGUUGGUGAAUUUGAGUCAGUGAAUCUGAGUCAGUGAAUCUGAGUCAGUGAAAAUGAGUCAGUGAAUCUGAGACAGUGAAUCUGAGUCAGUGAAUCUGAGUCAGGGAAUCUGAGUCAGCGAAUCUGUCGGCGAAUCUGAGUCACUGAAUCUGAGUCACUGAAUCUGAAUCUGUGAAUCUGAGUCACUGAAUCUGAAUCGGUGAAUCUGAGUCACUGAAUCUGAGUCACUGAAUCUGAAUCUGUGAAUCGGAGUCAGUGAAAAUGAGUCAGUGAAUCUGAAUCAGUGAAUCUGAGACAGUGAAUCUGAGUCACUGAAUCUGAAUCGGU